GUUCAUUUCAGGGGCAUAACAAAAAGGGAUUAGUCCGAAAAAAACAUUUAUAAAUAAUAGAGUUAUAAAAUUAAAUUGACUACGCACAUGCACAUCCAUGUACAAAUGAAAAACUAGUCUUAAUUUGUACUUUUAAAAUGGAUGGACUGGUAAAGUCAGAAAUAAAGAAGGAGGACAUCACGGGAAUUCCUUCUCUGACUCUGCAUGGCAUCGAAAUCACUCAACAGCAGGACGCAUUAGAUGGAGGAGAGGUAGACUUUGAAGAGGACCUGACCGAGGAGGACCUGGAGCUGGAGUCCACUUUCCAGGAUGUGGACACCGAAGACUCGGAUGUGACCCUCACCCAAGCCGAAAGUCGGCGCAGUUUGCCCCUGAGCGAUGUUCCAAUGCGCAAGUAUCCUUUCAAGCUGAAGCAAAACGAAUUCGGGAACAUCCUGACCGUGCACCACACGGUAAAAGAAGCGGGCCAGCAGUUGCGCAUCCAGAUAGCCGCCUGCUGUUUCAACGAGCUGAGCAACAAACUGGUGGUCAUUGACAAGCGUGGCAAUGUGUUUGUCUUUGACUUUGUGCACAAGCGCUACUGGCGUUUGGGUCUGCGGAUGCCCAAGGCCAAGCUGAUUCGUCCCUCACCUUUGCACACAAGCGACUACAUUGUGGGCAAUAAGGUGGGCCACCUUUAUAUCAUAGACGUGGACAACUCGAUACUGGGCGCCCAUGGAGAGGUGGGCAGUGACCCACUGGAGGAGUUGAGCUGGAGCAAUCGUCUGCAGAAUCCCCGCUCCGCCAAUGCACUAAUGCGCUUUGGCGGGGAGGCUGUCCUGGUGAAUCUGCACACGCUGGAGGUGUCCCAUCAGCUGGACUUCGAUGAGUCGCGGUACACCCUGAAAUUUGCCGCCUUCCUGCCAAGCUCCGAUCAGUUCUUCAUUGGCUUCUCCAACGAUUCGCUGCAUGUGUGGUCAUCGCACUCACUGGGCACUUUGCGGAUGGCGCAACCGAUCAAAGCCCGCAAUCGCAGGCUGAGACUGCUGCCAGCGGGAGAAUCCAUUCCGCAGUUUGCACUUCGUUCCCCGGAUGAAAGUGACUUUGAGGAUGACUUGACGUUCGACUGCCAGGACUAUGACUUUGCCGAUGGACUGCUACUGGGCUUUUGUUUCACCCCCGAUGGCAACAAGAUGUGUCUGAGCACCUUGGAUGGCUACUUAUUGGUCUUGAGUGUGGCCUCUUUCGAUCUGGAGAAGCUGUAUCGCCUGAACGACUUUAUUCUUCGCCAAAUGGCCUUCCUGGCGCAGCCCAAGGAGCGCAUAGUGUUUGGUGUAACGGCCCGGAAUCAAGCCGUCAUGUUGGAUUUGAGCAACACAGAUCACAAGCUCAUCGUACAACGCUCCAAUGCAAUCAGUCUGAGCCUGAGUCGGGAUGGCAAGCUGCUGAGUGUUACCUCGCUCUGUGGCGAGGUGAAUGUGUGGUCCACCUGUCGACUGUUCAACGCCUUGCAAGCCCAAACCCGCUGCCUCAACCAGAUGAAGACCACAUUCAAACAACCGAAAGCCCUGCCGCUGUGCAGUGUCGCUGGAGGAGGCAUGAACCAGGAACUGCGGCAUCUUCUCAAGCCAGAGCGGCUGAGAGCCAUGCUCAAGGAGUACGGCUGCUAUCCGGAGAAGUAUAGGUUCCUUAUUUGGACAUCCUUUCUGGAACUGCCCUGCAACGGGCCACAGUUCCAGGCGCUAAUCAAACUGGGACCACCUUUGAUGGUCAGAAAUCAGGCCAAGAAGCUGAAGAUUCGCAACGAGGCGCAGCGGCGUUUGGUGAUCAAGAUCUGGAGCUCCCUGGCCCAGUGGUGCAAGGUCCUGGCCCACGCGGACUUCAUGCCGCACCUCAUUUACCCGUUUGUGAAACAGCUGCCCAAAAACAGUCUCGUUUGCUUCGAGGUGGUCGCCACUCUGGUCCUGAACCACUUUCAGCUGUGGUUUGAGUUCCAUCCGUUGCCGCCGUCCAAUUACCUGGCCAUGUGCGAGAAUAUCCUGCAGCACUGCGACGCACAGCUCUGCAAGUUUUACAAAUCUCAAGAAAUCCUGGCCAAGGACUACGCCUGGUCCCUGCUAAGCACUGCCUUUUCGGAGGUCCUGGAGGAGCAGCAGUGGCUGUCGCUGUGGGACAACAUCGUAUCGGAACAGCCCUGGUUCCCCGUCUUCCUGGUGGUGGCCUACAAUCUGAUCCACCGUGAGGUCAUCAUACGACUGCCGGACAAGCGAUCCGUACUCUCGUUCUUUCACGAGCAGAACCCCGUGGACAUUGGCAAACUUCUGUCGAAGGCGCGCAGACUAAUUGCCAAAUGUGAGCUGGCCUUGCACCCGCAGCGUUUUAUGCAACGCUUCAAUGCCAUUCCGAAGGGCGUGUAUCCCAAGUUCCUCAAGUAUCCCAGCGAGUGGAUCGAGCAGCAGGAGGAGCAGACAGCGUCCCUGAUGAAGCACAACCAGGAGAUGGAUGCCCGCAUACGCCAUCUAGAGCUGGAGGAGGUCCAGAUCAUGGAACGCCUCGAGAACGGCAUUAAGCAGGAGGAGCAUACACGUCGCCUCAAGGAGAUGGAGAAGCUGUACCAGGACACCAUCCACCGCGAGGAGGAGCGCAUCACCUGCCAGCGCAAGAUGCUGCUCACCUACCAAAUGGAGGUGCGCCGGCGCAAGAGCGAGGUCAUCACCAAGCUGCAGGAGUCCGAGCAGCGGCGCAAGGUGAUGGAGAUGGAGAAGGACAUUGACCUACUGAUGCACGGCAUCGAACGGGAGCGUCGGCGCCACAACCAGCAAAUGCAGCUGGCCGAGGAUGAGAUACGCAACCAAGAGAUGGAGCUCAUCGCCCAGCGCUACUAUUCGGAUUCAGCGGGUGCCCCGCUGGCCCAGAAGUACUAUGACAACAUUCAGAAGCUGUGCACUCAGCGGGAUCAACUGCAGCAGAACUUGCGUGAUAUGACCAUGGAGCAUCUGCGCACUCCAGCAUCGGCAUCGGCGCAAUAUAAUCCCCAGCUGGUGGACAUCGAGAACUCCAUUCUAGAAAUCCAGCGCGAGUUUACGGAAAUCAUAACCACAGAGACGACUACUAGGGGAUGUAGAAGCAAUUUUUCUUAAACAUUAGCAAACAGAAAUUAAGGCAUUUUUGUACAAUUAAUUAUCUAAGCUAGGGUUAUUUACAUGGCACCGGAAAAUAAAUAAAUAAACAGGGCAUCCUGGUUACUUUUUAGCC